GCCUGGAUGAGCCUGAGCGCUGGCCUCUGCUGGCUAGCAGAGAGGGCCUGGCUCUCUAAAGAUGGAUGGCAGAGCAGUGGACGUGUCCGAGGCAGGUGAAAGAUAGGAUGGUGGUGGGCGAGCUGAGCAUGUAUAGCCCAAUCCUGGCCUGCUGGCAGCCCAUUCUCAUCUUGAUGUUGGGAUCCAUCCUUUCAGGCUCUGCCACGGGUUGCCCACCCCGCUGUGACUGUUCUGCCCAGGAGCGCUCGGUGCUGUGCCACCGGAAGCGGUUCCUGGCUGUCCCUGAGGGCAUCCCCACGGAGACAAAGCUCUUGGACCUGGGAAAAAACCGCAUCAAGACUCUCAACCAGGAUGAAUUUGCCAAUUUUCCUCACUUGGAGGAGCUGGAGUUAAACGAGAACAUUAUCAGUGCCAUUGAGCCGGGGGCUUUCAAUAACCUUUUCAACCUCAGGACUCUGGGUCUCAGGAGCAACAGGCUCAAACUCAUCCCACUCGGGGUGUUCACUGGACUCAGCAAUCUCACCAAGUUGGACAUUAGCGAGAACAAAAUUGUGAUCCUCCUGGAUUAUAUGUUCCAGGACUUGUACAAUCUGAAGUCUUUGGAGGUUGGGGACAAUGACCUGGUCUACAUCUCCCACCGGGCCUUCAGCGGCCUCAACAGCUUAGAGCAGCUCACUCUGGAAAAAUGCAACCUGACGUCCAUCCCCACAGAAGCUCUCUCUCAUUUGCACGGUUUGAUUGUGCUGCGGUUGCGCCACCUGAACAUCAACGCCAUCAGGGAUUACUCAUUUAAGAGGCUCUACAGACUCAAGGUCCUGGAGAUUUCACACUGGCCCUACUUAGAUACCAUGACAUCCAACUGCCUCUAUGGGCUUAACUUGACAUCCUUGUCCAUCACCCACUGCAACCUGACUUCCAUCCCUUACGUCUCCUUGAGGCACUUGGUUUAUCUCAGGUUCCUGAACCUGUCCUACAACCCCAUCAUCACCAUUGAAGGCUCCAUGCUUCAUGAUCUACUCAGGCUUCAGGAGAUACAGCUGGUUGGUGGCCAGCUCACCAUGGUGGAACCGUAUGCUUUCCGGGGCCUGAACUACUUGCGCAUUUUGAACGUUUCAGGGAACCUCCUGAGCACCUUGGAAGAAUCAGCCUUCCACUCCGUGGGGAACCUGGAGACUCUCAUCAUAGACAACAACCCUCUGGCCUGCGACUGCCGGCUUCUCUGGAUUUUCCGCCGCCGCUGGAGGCUCAAUUUCAACAAGCGUCAGCCCACCUGCGCAACCCCUGAAUUUGUCCAAGGCAAAGAGUUCAAGGACUUCUCUGAGGCGCUCCUGCCCAACUACUUCAUCUGCCGCCGGUCCCGGAUAAGGGACCGCAAGCCCCAGCAGAUCUUUGUGGACGAGGGCCACACGGUCCAGUUCAUCUGCCGUGCGGAUGGAGACCCACCUCCGACCAUCAUGUGGCUCUCGCCGAGGAAGCACCUCAUCUCUACCAAAACCAAUGGGCGGCUCACCGUCUUCCCUGAUGGCACUCUUGAGGUGCGCUAUGCCCAGAUCCAAGACAACGGCACCUACCUAUGCAUCGCCAGCAAUGCUGGCGGCAACGACACCAUGCUGGCCCACCUGCACGUCCGCAGCUACUCCCCCGACUGGCCCCACCAGCCCAACAAGACCUUUGCUUUCAUCUCCAACCAGCCCAACGAGAGUGACGCCAACAGCACGCGAGCCACGGUGCCUUUCCCCUUUGAUAUCAAGACCCUCAUCAUUGCCACCACGAUGGGCUUCAUCUCCUUCCUGGGGGUCGUCCUCUUCUGCCUGGUGCUCCUCUUCCUUUGGAGCCGGGGCAAAGGCAACACCAAGCACAACAUUGAAAUAGAGUAUGUCCCGCGCAAAUCCGAUGCCGGCAUCAGCUCUGCUGCGGAUGCGCCACGCAAGUUCAACAUGAAAAUGAUCUGAGGAAGGGAGAGGGGGAGAGAGCAUUGGCUGGAACUCAGUAAUGAGAGGCGUGUGUGUUUUUUUAAUAAAAAAAAAUUAAUAAUAAAGAGAUCCAGUUCAAGAAACAUGCAAACCUCUCUUCUCUCCACCCAGCUCCCCAUCCUCCUUCUGUGGGCCACUAUCCUGCAUCACUUCCCCCUUGACCUCGGGGGGUGUGUGUUUUGUUGACGUCUCCAGAACUUCCCGUGUUUGUAGGACCUAUUCUGACAGGCUCCAGUGUCAAUCCUAACAAUGACAGGAAAUUCAACAAGAAUUCAAAACAACAAUUGAUUUAAAAGAAAGUUACGAACUUCCUCUGUAACUUUGAUUUCAAUAAUUAUGGAUUUUUAUGAAAACUUGAAAUAAUAAUAAAAAGAACUAUUUCCUAUAGAUAGUUGGAAUGCAAAA